AUGGCGGCCUCCACCCCGCUUUCCCACGCCAACAUGAACGUUAUGAACAGCUCCCAGCCCAACAGCGAGACCGGCACUGCCACUGCUGCUCCAGUCCUCGACUAUGCAUGCCUAUUCUCACACGACCUGAAGCGAAAACAAAAACGAUGGCAGGAUGGGCGACUCAAGUUCCACUGCUUCAACAAGAGGGUGAUGGUCUAUGAUGAGCGUGGUAACUUUAUUGGCGACACGCACUGGACGAUGGAUUACGACUUGGACGAGGGUGAAGAGUUUCAACUUGCGCGCGGAUGCGUCGUAGUACAGGUCUCCGAGUGUCUGGGACGCAAAGAACAAGACCUGUCCGCAUUGAUCGACCAACGCUACAAGCACAAGGAGGAACGCAAGGCUCAUGCUGACGCCGCUGCCGCUUCCAAACCGUACAGGCCUGCUCCUACGCCACACCGACCACCAAUGCCCAUCACCCAAACAAUGACAACUAUAGCAACCCCUCGUGGUAACCAGCUCGGCCGUGCCGUCCUCCCUACGUUAUCACCCUUUGAGCAGCGGAACCUCCAUGCUCAAGAGUCCGCCCAGCGGGAUGAGCAGGCCAGACCUGCCAAAAGAAGAAAGCCAGAGGCAUCACCCCCGAGCAAGAGCGGGUAUGCCAGGAGUCUCUUCGGAGCGCCGCUCGCCUUGUCUUCUUUUACCUCAAGCGCCGCACACCCGUCUCAGACUGCUCCGUCACAGGCCUCAGACAUCCGCGCCAUUGGCAGAGAACCGUUACUGCCCCGUUCGCGACCCAUGCCUAGUCUUCUGAAAGUGCAGCCAACUGCGUUUGCCGACACUCCUUCGAAAGCUCCCAAAACCACGGCUAGAUCAAACCCCAUUAUCAUAGCUGAUGACACCCCCGAAACCGACUCAAAUCACGACCACGUCGAUUCUGCGGAGCCAUCUGUCAGUCUCGCUGCCAUCGCUGGGAAGUCGAAAGCCAGAGCAGGCCGGUCGAGCAAUAAGCCGUCCCAUCGAGACGAACACCUGGCAGAGGAAGAUGGCCCCCCGAGCUCAGGCGAAAUCAUUGGUGCGCGAGCGGUUCCUCCACAGUUGGUAGCUGCAGCAAGCACGCUGCUUCAACCACGUACAGCGAAGCGAAAGACCCUUCUAUCCGUGCCAAGGAAGCAGACAGGACAGCCGACUCGCAACCAGCUCGAAAGCUCAACAACGGCUAGGACUGACGAUCAAUUCUCUACUGCGGAUGCGCUAGAUCUAAACCCAAGAACGAGCCUUGUGGCAAGCACUAAACGGGCAAAAAAACGUGGUCUUCUGAUAGCCGCGGAGAAGACAACAACCAGGAAGCGACGCAAAAAUGUCGAAGAUGGAUCAGGCCGCGACGUGCCGAAAUCUGCGCACUCUGUGCGCGCCGAAGAAGAGGAAGUCGUCUCUAAGGAGAAAAGACGCCGCAAAGUUUCGGCUGGCUUGAUGUUCGAUGACGACGAUGUCAUCAACGUUGACAGCGACUCUACGUGCCCAUCACCAAAACUCUCUAUCUCUAGUGCUCGACCUUGUGACUUUGUGGAUGAGACCACCAAUCAGGGCAAUGUGUCUCUUACGGCGAGGAAGGUCGAUUCCGUUCCACAGAAGAAUGUUGAAGUCCCCGGGGGUCAUGAUGCUGAAUCGAGCGAGGAAGACGUCGGUGUUCGUCAUCGUCUCAGGGGUAAACGCGCAACCUGUCGCCUGGGAGAAUCAGACUUGGACACACCUAUCUCCGUGCCAGGUUCUCCUGUAUCUUCUAGCCCUUCGACUCCCGUGGAAGCGCCCCCACCAAAACGGACGCAAGCUCCCACGAAGAUCAAUAGGCCUCAUUUGGCUACCUUGCGGCGGAGCGUCAAGAGCAAAGAGAUCAUUGGGUUCUAUGAUAGUGCCAAUAGUUCCCGAGAGGCAGCAGCUAUCGCUCGCAUGCGUGAAUCCAUGGCGUUCGCAAGCGACGAAGACGAACCUGCGGUCAUCAAGCAAGGCCUGCAAACCGGAGCCAGAAGGAAAGAAGCUGGAGAUGAGGGGUGUAAUCAAGGGCAACUCCGGGCGAGGGAGGUACGGAAAGAACGGGAACAAGAAGAUCGACAACGACAGCUGCGGGAGACGCAGGCUCAAGAGGAAUCUGAGAGGAAGCAGAGGGAGAUGGAGGCACGUGCGAAAGAGGCGCGUGAGGAAGCAGCUCGACAAAAGAGACGACAGGAGAAGAUGGCUCUGGAAGAAGAGAAGCGCCGACAAGAAGCACGUGAGGAGGAGGCUCGGCAAGAGGAGCUGCGUCAACAACGAGUUCGCGAGCAGGAAAUCCGCGAGAAGGAAGCUCGCGAGGAGCAAGCUCGCGAAGACGAAGCUCGGCGAGAAGCACUGCGCCAACAGCAGAUCCGCGAACAUGAAGCUCGUGAAAAACAAGCUCGUGAAGAAGAGCUGCGACGUCAGGAAGCCCGUGAGAGGGAAGCUCGAGAAGCCGAGAGGCGUCGUCUAGAAGCCCAUGAGCAAGAGCUACGCAAGCGAAAGGCAAGAGAAAAAGAGCUACAGCAAGAGCUGAUUCGUGAAAGACAGGCUCGCGAACGUGAGGCCAAGGAGAGGAGAGCCAGAGAGGAGGAGGAGCAACGACAGCAAGAGCUCCGACAGGAACAGAUCCGCGAAAAGGAGGCUCAAGAACAAGAGGCCAAACAGAAGGAAGAGCGAGAAAGAGAGGCUCUGGCAAGAGAAGUCCGCGAACGGGAGGCGAGGGAAGCAGAAGAUCGUGAACGGAAAGCACGAGAAAGGGAGGCGCGUCUGGAAGCUCGAGAGAAGGAAGCUCUGGAACGGGAGGCUCGCUUAGAAGCUCGGGAAAAGGAGAGUCAGCUCAAAGAGGCUCGAGAGAAGGAGGCUCGAGCGAAGCAAGCUGAUGCCGAGAAAACGCGUCCAAAGGACGUCAGAGAGAAGGCAAGGCUUCCUAAGUUUGUCCCUCCCACUAGGCCUAGUAAACUUGGGGGCGCUGUCCGAGCCAGCCUUUCUCGUGCCAUACCUCAGGCUGCUGGCGUUAGAGCCUCUACAGCGGCGCGAGAGUCCACGAAUCUGGAUGCCACCACGAGGAACCGGGCGGCCGAGGAGCCAACUGGCCCUUCGUCUGCCACUUUGCCUGUCUUCACGCGAGCGAACGGGGGUCCAUGGAGCAUACAAGCACACGAUCUGCUAGGAAUUGGGCGGCCUUCAUGA